AUGAGCCCCGAGAAGAGAAGUGAAUAUCUCCAGUACUUUUCACUUAAAAACUGGAAAGCGUUACCAGAAUCUCAAAAGUCAGAGCACACAAUGUCAAACUGCGAUGCCUGUCAAGUACAUCAUUUCGCUAUGCAGUCCUUUUUUCCGAACGGCGCCAAGCUGAAGCCACAAAAGCUGGUUCAAAAUGUUCUCGCUGAAAAUGCAAGCAAGGCAAACGGCAAAGUCAAGCCUACACAAAAGGAUAUAAAAUCAGCUGUAAAGCACAUUUAUUCCCAAAUUGAUGCACCCUUUCAGAACGUUUUUAAAGUCAGCUUUGCUGAACCUCAAACAAAAGUAUCAGAGCUUGAACUUCAGAAAAAGAAAAACAAGAUUGAAAAAAAACGCGAACGUCGACAACGCGCACGCCAAGAAAAACAAAAGCUUGAAAAAGAAUGGUCCGAACGAGACACAGAAACAAUGUUAGUGACGAGGCAGUCGUACAGUCAGCAGGCCAGACAGAGAAAGUCUCUCUACUUUGAGACUAUGGAGGAAGCUGCUACAAGGGUCGGGAAACAGAAGAGGCUGGAAGAUCUUGGUGAAAGAAAGAAAAAACGUCAUUCUCCGCCACCAAACCAGGUCAACGUUGACAAGGAAAACCUCCUGCAAGAAGUAAAAAAUAUGAAAGAUGACGAGAAGGUAAGUUGAUUUUCUGUUUGGUGUAUAGGAGGGUUAUUUCCAGAAAAGAAUAUUAAAUUAUACACGUCUAAGAUGCCCCUAGGUACCAUGACACAGCAUGUGUGAGAACCAGCUUCAUAUUGAGGAAUGGAGGAAAAGAUUAUUGCAACUGAGGCUGUCUAAGAAGUGCAGCAUGGGACGGGGGCGGGGGAUUGACUUGCUUCCAACUUCACCCCUUUUACUAUGCUUGGGGAUACCCUUUUCACCCUGCAGGCUAAAUGAAAAAGUCAUCCCACAUGACGAGGCCUGGCUACGCUCUGUAAUAUUAAUUAACUUUCAAAAAAGGAGAUCCUAGAUAACGAAUGGAAAGUCAUUCUCAGAAAAAAGGGAGUAGCAUUACUUUGUUUCUUUAAUCUUCUUCCAAUCAUUGAUAUAAAUAUUUACAAUUCUUACAUUUUGUAGAUCAAUUAUUCCGACCUUGCCAGAAGGUAUGGCCUUAAAGACGUAAAAUUAGGUAACAUGGUGGUAAGAGAGUACCUGGAGAAUGAAGGCAUUAAUGUGCAGCGGUUCCAAAGGCAUCGCAGAAGUGCCCCAAAACCAAGGCGCAGGCUCAAGGAAAUGCUUGGAGGGGACAUAUCUGUUCCUGUGCCCAGAAAAAAUGAAGAUAUUAAAAAAUCCUUAAAG